AUGUGUGAGAACCUCACUUUCCUACAAUGCGAUAUCGCUCGCUACGAUGAGCAGACGUACGCGGUUUUGGUCAAUUCCAGAUAUGGGGACGUCUCGAUGGUCUCUUUGCCAACGCACGUAUCAUGGACAGAAGCUCGGCGUAUAUCCUCAAGUGGCGUCACAAGACCGAAUUAUUUCCGGAACCAGACUUGUCUUGCGAUGACACAUGCCUCAAUGGGGCGAUCUUCGGCGUGCGACUUGCCAUCCACUUCAUGUGACAAAAGGCCACACCUGGCGGCACCAUUGUUGCAACCUCCAGUAUGGUAG